GAAAACUUAAAUCCCGUCAAGCGUUAUUGCUCUUGCGACCAAGAAGCUGGUCAAACGGACGACUUUGAGGAAUAUUUUAGCAUUAAGUGUAAUCUAACUUCUGAUUUUUGCCCUUCAAAUCAGGAAACAAGUAACGAAGUAGGUCAAUUUCAUACAUAUUGUUCAACAGGUAAUCGACGGCGUCGAUCAACAGAGUAUAUUCAUAGACGUGAACGUCGUAGCACAGUCGAUUCCGAUGACAUCAUUGACUUUCAGCCAUUAGUCUAUAACGAUGACGUUCUUAGAACUGAUGUGCCGGUUUUAAGUUUUAGAAGUGGAUGGACACAGGAGAAAGCAAAUAAAACCUGUUAUGAACGUCUUCACGAUACAGUACCAUCUAAUUUUAUGGGCAUUUCUGAUGAAUUCUUUAUCGAAUCCUGUAUUAUGGACGUUAUGGUUACUGCAGACACUAUAUUCGUUCAAGAUACCGUAGAAGCAAUGCAGACGUAUACACUUGUUGAAGUAUACAGAAAUGAAACACUUUCCUUUCUGAAAACAGACGAUGGUAAUCAAACCGUUUUAGAAUAUGUAACAAGUCUUUUAUGUCCUGACAACUGUACUGGAAAUGGUAAUUGCACAUCAGGAAUGUGUUCUUGCUAUGAUGGAUUUGCUGGUCAUGAUUGUUCGAAAGAAAUAUCAGUACCGCCUGCAAAUAUAAGCUUACCAACAAGUGGAUUAUGUGGAACUAGAACUCGUGCAUGUAGAAGAACAAAUAUCUAUGGAACAUUCCCUUCAAGAAACGUGUGGUGUAAACGGAAACACUUCAAAAUUUUGGAAAAUAAAAAAGAAUAUACAUCAAAUGAAACUAUAGUUAAAGCUGAAUUUAGAAAUGCAUUUAUGGUAUCGUGUGAUCUCGAAGCAACUCGACGAAAAAGAUCAACUCCGGAUACGAUUAUUGCAGAAGGAUACGACAUAAGUUUAUCUAAUGAUGGUUCAAAUUUUGGCGAUUCUAUCAGCAUUGUAAUAUAUGAUGAAGAAUGCUACGAUUGUAAUUCAACAUCUAUUCAAUGCGUGGUUUUGGAUGGUUGUCCUCUUUUCACAACUACUAGAGCUUCAACCUCUGAAGAAGAAACCUCCUCAAUAACAAGUACACACAAGUUGUCGACUCUAACAACAGGACACGGAACAACAACAUUAACUGCAGAAAAAGAAACAACACCAGUUACUACCCAACAAGAUUCAACAUCAGUAACAACAGAGCUUAAAACAACACCAGUUACUACACACCAAGAUUCUACAUCGAUAACAACAGAACUUAAAACAACACCAGUUACUACACAACAAGAUUCUACAUCGGUAACAACAGCAGUUAGUACUGAACAGGAAACAACAUUCAUGACAACAGCAGUUAGCACUGAACAGGAAACAACAUUAAUGACAUCAGCAGUUAGUACUGAACAGGAAACAACAUUAAUGACACCAGCAGUUAGUACUGAGCAGGAAACAGUAUUAAUAACAGCAGCAGUUAGUACUGAACUGACAACAACAGUUAGUGCUGAACAGAAAACAACAUUAAAAACAACAGAACAUGAAGCAAAUGUAGUAACUACCGAACAGGAUACAACAACGACAGCAGAGGAUUCAACAACAAGAAUUACAGAACAGACAAUGACAACACUAGAUAAAGAUACACCAGUAGUGACAACCAAACAAGACACAACUAUAAGAACUACUGAACAAGAAACAACACUAGAAUCAACAGAACAUGAAACAUCACUAGUAUCAACAGAACAUGAAACAACAUUAAGAUCAACAGAACAUGAAACAACAUUAGUAACUACUGAUCAGGACACAACAACGACAACACAAGAUUCAACCACACGAAUUACAGAACAGACAACGACAACACUAGAUAAAGAUACACCAGUAGUGACAACCAAUCAAGACACACCUAUAAGAACUACUGAACAAAAAACAACACUAGAAUCAACAGAACAUGAAACAUCACUAGUAUCAACAGAACAUGAAACAACAUUAAGAUCAACAGAACAUGAAACAACAUUAGUAACUACUGAACAGGACACAACAACGACAACACAAGAUUCAACCACACGAAUUACAGGACAGAUAAGGACAUCACUAGUUAAAGAUACACCAGUAGUAACCACUAAACAAGGCACAAGUUUAGGAACUACCGAACAAGAAACAACACUAGUAACAAACGAACAAAAAACAUCAGUAGUACCAACAGAACAUGAAACAACAUUAGUAUCUACCGGACAGGAUACAACAACAACAAAACAAGAUUCAACUACAAGAUUUACAGAACUAGAAACGUCAACAACACUCAAUACAACAACUUCAUCUUUAGUCUCGACAACAGAAGACGUUCAAACCGCAUCUACAUCAAUAAAAUCCACAGAUCAUCUUAUAUCAACAAUAGAUACGCCAGCAACGACAGGAGAUGAAAUUUUGACAUCCUCAUCAUCUUGGCAAGACACGGACAAAUCUUCAGACCAAUUAGUGAUAAUAACCAGUUCUGUUUCUGUUGGAGGUCUUUUCAUUAUGGUAAUAGUGGUUUUUGUCGUGGUUAAUGCUUAUUACAAGACAAAACCAAGAAACACAAGUUAUAACAAAGAUAACAUGGACGGGCGUUUAGAGACUGAAGACUGGAAAAUAUAUAAUGGAAAAUCUCGGAAACUAUCCGAAAUUUCCAUAGAUAAAUGGACAUCUAGUCUAAAUGAUGAAAAUUAUCCAUCAUUUACUAAUUUCAAAAAUGCAAGGCGAAUGGAUACAUCAUUUUCAUCAUUGAAUACUUUUAAAAUGUAAAUCUUUUUUGAGAAGAGAAUCGCGAUUUAUUGACAUUUUUUAACAAUGCAUAAUUUAGGAAUUUAUAUGAAUUCGGUAACCAUGUUAACUAUACAUUUCUGACAUCAUAAAAAUUACAUUUGCCUAGAAACAAUAGUAAACCUUUACAUACAUUUACUGUCAAUUUUAUAUCGUCAUGUUAUAUAUUUGAUUUUAUUGUUUGCCUAUUGUAAUAUUUAUAUAUAUUCAUAUUAAAUCUUUAUUAUAGACGGA